ACAAACUGCCGUCACGGACUGUAACAGGAUUCCGCCGAAUAUUUCCGUACAGUGGAACCUUUUUCCGGCUUUUGGAGGACACCAUCGACCCUUUUUAGCUACUAAGAAACCGUGGGCAAUUGUGGAAAUUUGAGGACCCAUCGGACAACGCAAGGAACGCGGGAAAGGAAAAGCCGCGCACAGGACCGUGGAUACCCCGCACACGGACCACAGAGAAUUCGCGAGAAAUGUCCGGAUUGGAGUCGUACGUGAACCACACCGUGUCCAUAAUCACGGCCGACGGGCGGAAUUUUGUCGGCACGAUGAAGGGCUUUGAUCAGACGAUCAACAUCAUCCUGGACGAAUCGCAUGAGCGUGUGUACUCCAUGAGCACCGGCAUCGAACAGGUCGUCCUCGGACUGCACAUUAUCCGGGGCGAUAACGUGGCCAUCAUCGGGCUGCUGGACGAGAGCGUGGACAGCAAGCUAGACUUUUCGGCCAUCCGCGGCGUGCCACUGGAACCGGUGGUGCACUGAUUGUGGCACAACCGGUUCGCGGACGAUAGAUUUAAUGCAGGUUAAAGUUGUACCAUACUAUGCACCUCUCGUGCAUGCAAUCGGUAACCGGAUUUACCGUUCUUAAGACGAGGAAUCGUUACUGGUAUCGAUUUAGGCAUAAGUUUUCCUCUCAUCGUGGUUAAUAAAAAGUGGCUUUAACACAGAGCCAUAUCACACUUUUA